CUUCAGUCUGUGGAGGCAGUGAGAGCGCGUGAGGCUGCAGCAGAAGGAGGAAGAGCAGCGCGCAGGACUGUGGCACACUAACCUCUGCCGUCUGCCUUUUACGUGAUCAGCGGCUACUUCUGGUGUUUUCUGACCUUUCUCUGCUCUGGAUGAAGGAAUAAUUACUAAACAAUAAGCGGGUACUCCUCACGGAUGACCUUUUGGCUCUUUGUUCUUCUUUAAGGCAUCUUGCCUCCGACAGGAGGACGCGCUUUGCGCACUGCCAUUUUGGAUUACCGCACUCUCUUUUAUCGAGUUUGUCAUCAUGAAGUGGGCUGGUAAAUAAAACUAAAUCCAGUGACAGCUCUUUCCACGCCCUCGGUUCUGUUCGCGUCCAGAUCCAGAUGAGAGAUCUCCCCGGCGGACCUGAAGCGCUUUUACGCAGCCAGUCCCCGGAGCUCAGCGGCGAUCCACAGCGAAGAGGAGCCGGGAGCGCGUCCGCCUCCACACCCACGUCCUCUCCUUCUCCAUCCGACCCAUCGCGACAGGCCAGAAGACUCCCCAUCCGGAUCGUGAAGAUGCUGACGGCUCACAGCGGCCACUUGCUUCACCCGGAGUAUCUCCAGCCCCUCACGUCCGCGCCUGUCAGCAUCGAACUGGAUGCCAAGAAAAGCCCUUUGGCUCUGCUGGCCCAGACUUGCUCUCAGAUUGGCAAACCCGACCCUCCCUCCUCCUCCAAGCAGGCCUCCCUGUCCUCCAGUAGUCAAGGAGAUAAGGAGUCCUCCAGUCGCUCAUCCAAGCCUGGAGAGCAACACCAGGCCCUGGAUGAUAAAUCCAGCUUCAAGCCUUACUCCAAGUCAUCGGGGGAUGGUCGUAAGGAAGUCCUUACCAAAGGGUCGGCAGAUAAAGCAGCUUUCAGGGUGCCAAAUGGAAACUCCACUGGAGGAAACUCCUCAUGUCCAUCGUUUUCAUCCCAUUCCCGGUCUCCAAGCUCCAGCUCUCCUCCCCUGCACACUCAGAGCCAGCUCAACAGACAAAGCCAUUCCCCCUCCACUCAGCCUCCGUCACACUCCCAGACUCCGCACACGGACACCAAAGCUGGAGGCUCAGAACAGGCCGGCUCAGACAGCAGCAGCAGCAGCUCUGGUAAGAAAGACGCUGAUGUGGUGAGGUCAGGGAUGGACGGGGCUCAGUUAGCGAACUCCAGCCAGGUACGAGCCACCGCUAACUCCAGUAAUGCCAGUUCAGCCAGCAGCCCGAGACCUGACAGCAAGAGCGACCCUCAGGCCUCUUCACAGUCUGGCCUGAGCUCUGGACAUAUUGCACCGGUCUCACCUUUCAAACCAGGACAUUCUGUCUUCCCCCUGUCCCCUGCUACCAUGGGCUAUCAUGGCUCCAUUGUGGGGGCCUACGCUGGCUAUCCCUCCCAGUUUGUUCCCGGUUUGGAUCCUACCAAGUCCAGUCUGGGCCUAGGACUGCCAGGAAAGCACCCCAGCUCAAGCCCGCUGACUGGAGCAUCACCUCCAUCUCUGAUGCAGGGUUUAUGUCGGGACCCUUAUUGCCUUAGUUACCCAAACGCCCCCCAUCUGGGAGGUAGUAACUGCUCCACAUGUGUUCAUGAUCCCUCAAGCCUUAAGACUGGUUUCCCUCUCAUUUACCCCUCACACCACCUCCACACUUUGCACUCUGGAUCCUUGUCGUCCAGCUCCACUCCCUCUUUGUCCCACCCCCUCUAUACCUAUGGCUUCAUGGUCCCUAACGAGCCGCUGCCCCACGCCUGUAACUGGGUGUCUGUCAGCGGUCCCUGCGACAAGCGUUUUGCUACAUCUGAGGAGCUACUAUCCCACUUACGUACCCACACCUCCCUGCCUGGGAUGGUGGACAGUAAGCUGCUCUCAGCCUAUCCUUCAUCCGUUUCAUCAACAGCCUCGUGCCAUCUUCAUUUGCCCCCACCCAGCAGCCCGGGUGCCCUGCCCAGCUCGUUUUCCCUCCGAGGCUCCCCAGGACUGAGCCUGGCUCGCUACCAUCCCUACAGUAAGUCCCACUUGCCCGGAGCCCCGGGACUCCCGAUGCCAGCCCUCCCCUCCUCCUCGGCGUAUUACUCCCCCUACGCCCUCUACAGCCAGAGACUCAGCUCGGCCUCAGCCCUUGGAUAUCAGUGACAUCUCCAGACCAUCUCAGCCUGGAUUUUGAGCAGCCCUGAGGAUGGAUUAAGGACACUGAGGUCAUCAUCAGUGCGGGGCAUCUUGCCUGUUGCCCCUCCCACCAGAAACCCCACCUGUUCGCCUCAGGAUUCUGAUCGGUGCUCCUAUGUAUCGUGGUUCGACAGAAGCCCAACAGCCAUUAGAGGUGGCAGGAAGCCGGACAACAUGGAAAACGGAUGGUCGCGGAAGUCUUUUUUCCCCUUUUUGGUUUGUUAUUCUUUUUAGGUUUCCAAAAAUAAAAUUCUAUAUUUAUUUUUCGCUCAAGCUCUUGGAAUCAACCCUGAGGAAAGUUUUAAGCUGUCCAAAUAAACUGUUUUAAGUGUUUUGAUUUAAAUACUCCACCAUUAUGCCUGUCGUAUCAUCCUAAAAUGAAAGGGUCGCGCCGCGAUGUAGAUGGACGGUGAGAGCUUUUGAAAAUCUCUUUUCCUUUUUGCUGUUUUUAAAUUCUAAUCUUUGUCUGCGUACUCAGACUCUGGAGAAUUUGCAUGUUCUUGAUAAUUAUCUUCCACAAUGUUAUUAUUUCUAUUUGUAAAUAUGCAAAGAUGUAAUAUUUUUUCAAACUUACAAGGUGUCAGCAAGUUUGGGUCACCUAUGAAAACGGGGCAGAGAUUUAACACAAAAAAAAAGAGACGAAGUAAACAGUGAUGGCUGUGCUAUCUGACCAACAGGAAAAGGUCUUAUUUUGUUAAAUAAAUGAUCCAUGAUUGCA